CCGCGGGGUCGUUUCGGGCCUCGGCGCUGCGGGCAGCGAGGAGCUGGGGAGGUGGCCGAGCCCUGAGCGCUGCGUGCUCCGGGAGGGAGGAAGAGAGAGCGCGGCUGUGGCACGGCUCCCUGUGCACCGCUGCACCGCCCGGCUCGGGGCUCUCGGUGCUGCUGAGCCCCGCGGGCAGCAUCGCUCCCGCAUCCCCGCUCCCUCCCCGGCAGCCCGGCCCUCUCCUGGCGCGCUGCCCUCCGCCCCGCGGCUCGGCCCUGCCGUGCUUUUGGCUCGUAUCGCCGCGGCUGAGGUGAAGUUGAUGCAGAUUGUGCGUUUGGGAGGAACAAAAGCUUCUCCCUUCGUUAAUAACCGCUCUGAAGAGAGAACUUCCAUCUUCCGCGCGCUGUGGAGCAGCAAGGUUGUUGACACGUGGACCAACAGUGACAUCCUUCUUCGGCAAUGCUGUCUUUACUCCCUCCUGCAUUCAGAAGCAUCUAGAGAGAUUUCUUGCCAAAGGGAUCCUCAAUGCAUUUCCUUGCCAUUGUUUAAGGAGCCUUUACUAAAAGCUUCUGGAUUGUGUUUCUAAGUGGACAAAAGAUUUGUAUUCAAAAUGCUUAUAAAGGAGUAUCGUAUUCCUCUUCCGAUGAGCGUGGAAGAAUAUCGAAUUGCACAGCUCUACAUGAUACAGAAAAAGAGCAGAGAGGAGACGUGUGGGGAAGGCAGUGGAGUAGAGAUCCUGGAGAACAGGCCGUACAUGGAUGGGCCAGGAGGGAACGGGCAGUAUACUCACAAAGUGUACCACAUUGGUAUGCACAUACCCAGCUGGUUUCGGUCAAUAUUGCCCAAGGCAGCUCUGCGAGUUGAAGAGGAAUCGUGGAAUGCAUAUCCUUAUACCAGGACAAGGUAUACAUGCCCUUUUGUGGAGAAGUUCUCUAUUGAUAUCGAGACUUACUACAAAACCGAUCCAGGAGAGCACGUCAAUGUUUUCAACCUUUCUCCUGCAGAAAAAAGACAAACCAUUCUAGAUCCUAUUGAUAUAGUUAAAGAUCCUAUCCCUCCACAUGAAUACAAAGCUGAGGAGGAUCCAAAGCUGUAUAAAUCAGUGAAGACUAAAAGAGGCCCUUUAUCAGAAGACUGGAUUCAAGAGUACAAGAACAACCCUGGGAAAUACCCCAUCAUGUGUGCAUAUAAACUUUGUAAAGUCGAGUUCAGAUACUGGGGGAUGCAGUCAAAAAUCGAACGGUUUAUCCAUGAUGUUGGCUUGCGGAAGGUCAUGGUCCGUGCUCAUCGGCAGGCUUGGUGCUGGCAGGACGAAUGGUACGGGCUCACCAUUGAAGAUAUCCGGCAGCUGGAGAAAGAGGCACAGCUGAUGCUGGCUCAGAAGAUGGCCCAGUUCUGUGGUGAAAAUGAUCCUGAGCAGCAUGGAGUCAAAGAUGCUCCUGGUGAGAAGGACAUUGAAGCUGACACAGUUUCACCUGUGGACCCAGAAGAUGUCUCUGGUAACAGUGAAACAGCCUCUGGGAGGUCGCUCACCAAGCAGUGGUCCACCUCUUCCAAGUCCUCCCGGUCUUCAAAGAGAGGAGCAAGUCCCUCACGCCAUAGUAUCUCGGAGUGGAGGAUGCAGAGCAUUGCCAGGGAUUCAGAUGACAGCUCAGAUGAUGAAUUCUUUGAUGCACAUGAGGACUUGUCUGACAAUGAGGAAAUGUUCCCGAAAGAAAUAACCAAAUGGAGUUCCAAUGAUCUGAUGGAUAAAAUUGAAACCCCCGAAUGUGAUGAUGUCCAGGGUGACUUGUAUCAUGAGACAUCAGCAGAGUACCACGUUGGCUCCAGUGUGGAGAGGCUCAGCAUCAUUGAAGAUGAAUCAGUGCAGCCAUUAAUGCAGCCAAGUAAAAUCCAUGUCCUCCUCUUAGUACUCCACGGAGGGAACAUCCUAGACUCGGGAAGUGGUGAUCAGAGCUCUAAGCAAGGGGAUGUCAACACCAUCACAACUGUCUUUGACACAGUAAUGAGGGUACAUUACCCAGCUGCUCUUGGACACAUUGCCAUCAGGCUAGUCCCUUGCCCAGCCAUCUGCUCCGAAGCCUUUUCACUGGUGUCCAGCCUCAGCCCAUAUAGUUAUGAUGAAGGCUGCCUGUCCAACAGCCAGGAUCAUAUUCCCCUUGCUGCCCUCCCUCUGCUAGCAACAUCAUCACCUCAGUACCAAGAAGCAGUAGCCACAGUGAUCGUCAGGGCCAACCAGGCCUACAGCGAGUUCAUCAGAUCCCAAGAGGGCAUGUCAUUCAAUGGCCAGGUCUGUUUGGUCGGGGACUGUGUUGGAGGAAUUCUGGGAUUUGAUGCCUUAUGCUACAGCAAUCAAACUGUGUCUGAGAGCCAAAACAGCAGUCGAAGAGGGAGUGUUGUGAGUGUCCAGGAUACCGACCUGCUGUCUCCUGGAAUAACAGUGAACAACAGCUAUUGCUCCAGCAGCUCUAAUCUGGAAGCCAGCAGACACCUCAGCAGGAGCAACAUUGAUAUUCCCCGUAGCAACGGAGAGGAUCCAAAGAAGCAGCUGCCACGGAAGAGGAGUGAUUCGUCAACCUACGAACUGGACACGAUAAAGCAGCAUCAAGCCUUCCUUUCAAGUUUACAUUCUAGUGUUCUGAGAAAUGACCCAGGAUCCAGGCGAUCUAGUAGCUCCACUAUGCUGGAUGGAGGAAAUAUUGGAAAGUUUGAAUUUGAGAUCACUGACUUCUUCCUCUUCGGUUCUCCCCUGGGUCUGGUUCUUGCACUGCGAAAAACUGUCAUUCCAGCUCUUGACAUCUUUCAGCUCAGACCAGCUUGUCAGCAGGUCUAUAACCUUCCACCUGCAGACCCAUCUGCUUCACGCCUUGAGCCUCUUCUGGAGAGGAAGUUCUACCUUUUGCCCCCCUUUAAUAUUCCCCGUUACCAGAGGUUCCCACUGGGUGAUGGCAAUUCUGCUGUUCUGGUUGAGACAAUCCAGAACAAUCCCAUCCUCCUCAUGGAAAGUAGCCCUCUGGGUGCUGCCCAGCACCAGGACAGCUUCAUGGAAACAAGUAUCCCCGUUCCCGUACUGAAUUGGCAAGAUGUUUCCAAUAAAAGUGCCGGUUUUGCUGAGUCAGAUGUUGUUCAGUCUCAUGGUGCCGUCUUCAUGGAAAGCGCGUCCCUGUCCACCCCCAUUUCAGCCCCUCAGUUCAGGGGCUUCCGGAGAGCCAGUGAGAUCAGCAUUGCCAGCCAGGUCUCAGGAAUGGCAGACAGUUACACUGCUUCCAACAUAGCCAACAUUGCUGCCAAGUGGUGGGGAACCAAAAGGAUCGACUACGCUCUCUACUGUCCCGACGCUCUGACAGCUUUCCCUACGGUCGCCUUGCCGCAUCUCUUCCACGCCAGCUACUGGGAGUCCACAGACGUCGUCUCCUUCCUGCUGAGACAGGUGAUGAGGCACGAGAACUCGAGCGUGUUGGAGCUGGAUGGGAAGGAGGUGUCUGUCUUCACCCCCUCCAAGCCCCGUGAGAAGUGGCUGCGCAAGAGGACACACGUGAAGCUGCGGAAUGUCACAGCCAACCACAGGAUAAAUGACACCAUUGCUAAUGAAGAUGGGCCUCAGACCCUGACUGGAAGGUUUAUGUACGGUCCAUUAGAUAUGGUCACACUCACAGGAGAAAAGGUGGACAUUCACAUCAUGACCCAGCCACCAUCAGGAGAGUGGGUUUAUUUUGACACUGAGAUCAGCAACAGCAGUGGCAGAAUUUCUUAUGUCAUCCCUGAAAACCGGCGCUUGGGCAUUGGCGUGUACCCCGUCAAGAUGGUGGUCAGGGGUGACCACACGUAUGCAGACAGCUACAUCACAGUUCUGCCAAAGGGGACAGAGUUUGUGGUGUUCAGCAUCGAUGGCUCCUUUGCUGCCAGUGUAUCCAUCAUGGGCAGCGACCCCAAAGUCCGUGCCGGAGCAGUUGACGUUGUCAGGCACUGGCAAGACCUUGGCUACCUCAUUAUCUAUGUCACGGGCCGCCCCGACAUGCAGAAGCAGAGGGUGGUAGCGUGGUUAGCACAGCACAACUUCCCCCAUGGGAUCGUCUCAUUCUGCGAUGGGCUCGUUCACGACCCACUGCGGCACAAGGCCAACUUCUUGAAAUCCCUCAUCACAGAUCUCCACAUGAGGAUCCAUGCGGCAUAUGGAUCCACCAAGGACAUCUCUGUGUACAGCUCCAUCAGCCUCCCGCCCACACACAUCUACAUUGUUGGCCGACCCACCAAGAAGCUGCAAAGCCAGUGUCAGUUCAUCACGGAGGGGUACGCGGCCCACCUGGCCCAGCUGGAGUACAACCACCGCUCGCGCCCCGCCAAGAACACCACACGCAUGGCGCUGCGGAAGGGCAGCUUCGGGCUGCCCAGCCAGACUGAGUUCCUGCGCAAAAGGAACCACCUGCUGCGGACCAUCUCCUCACAGCCCUCAGCAGCUGGAGGCAGCGCCGGCCACCGCCCUGAGCGCACCCAGAGCCAGUCCGAUGGCGACAAGGAGAGGGACAGGGAACGCAGCCAAAGAAGUAUGAGCAUCGCCACGGGGUGCUGGGGCCGCAGCGCAGCGUCCCGCCUGGAGUCUGGCCUCCUGGGGCAGAAGUAGCUGAGCCGGAGCCAGCGACUGUCGGCUGCAGCCACCGGAGUAGAGAACAAAAGGAAAGAGGGAUGAGGCCGGCGUUAACGUGGAAGGGUAAAUAUGGUGCUACUCUCAUAACAUCGUGGUAUUCUGGGAAGAGAUGGGAUGUUUCCCACACAGAACGUGCAGGCCUUGCAAGCGGGAGCGUCAGGUUUGUGCGGCAUGAGCUCAAGGAACAGCUGGAAAUUGGAGGGGGAAGUCUCCAGGUCAAGAUUGCGCUCUUUCCUGCCUCCUUCUCUUAUCCAGGUAUAGUGACUGUAAAUACGUGCCUCCUCACCUUCUUAGCCAUCGCUCCGAUAUGCGUGACCGAGUGCUGUCCUCAGAGCCACAGAACAGGGGGUGAGGUUGGGGAAUUUGCUCGUGGCUGUCCCAGGAGCUGCCAGAGGGGCUUUGCCAAUGCAGGGGUGGGGAUGGGGUCAGUCAGCACACUGCUCCUGUAGCAUGGACAGCCCCAGGUGUGGGAUUUGGCAUGGGCUGUGCCAGGCGGAGCGACCAAGAGCUUUACCUGUACAGAGGCCUUCACGUUCAGCCACGUUCUCAAGGAGUAUGUGCAGUGGCAAAGCUGAAAGCUGUUGAUGCUCUUGGCAGGGGAAGAAUGUCGGCAGAUUCACACCCAAGCAACUGGGGUUGAGACUACUAUUAUUUUUUAAAAAGACAUUUUAGAAUCCGAUGGAAUUGAAUGCAUUGACCUCUGAACAGAAGAAUACAGGCUAUUCUGUUUGAGCUGUCGCAAGCCUCAGACACUUAAUUUGCUGUUAAAUCUCCAAAUAUUAUUGCUAUAUAUAAUUUCCAGAACUAACCACCAUAUAUUUGCAAGCAGUUCUUCUCAUCCAAAUGCAGGGUCUGACUCUCUCAACACCCACCUCGGAGACAUUUUCUUCUUCCUGGGUUCUCUCCAAGUUCAGUAGCAGCUUCAGUGGGAACCAGACUCGCUUCUUUGACCUGUAGUUACUGAACUGUAAAACCUCAUUGUUUUUUGCACUGAUGAUUUUUAGAAUGGAAACCUGUUACCAUCUCAUGUAGCUACACCCAACUGUUUGUAGUGCAUGACAAUUAAAUAUCGCUACCAGGGUGUGUGUGUGUGUGUGUGUAUAUCUAUAUAUAUAGAUGUGCAUAUAUGUAUACACACACACACACACACAUAUAUAUAUGUAUGUGUACAUAUUUAAAGAAAAUAAUCCUGUGCAGAAGUUUUUCCAGCAGUAAGGAGACUGUAAGGAAGUGUGCCAACAGAGUCAGGCAAGCGUAAGAAAAGGCCAUAUCUUAAUUUUCCUGGUGUGUCUCUCAGUGGAUGUGCCUGAGCCGACAGUCGGUGCGCUGCUGGAGCCGGGGCUGUGCGUGGCAGAUGGAGCUGCCUGCUGUGCUGCAGGUGAGAACAGUGCCUGGUGUGGGGGCUCAGCAAAGAGCCCCACAGCCUCGUGCCCCCGGCCAGAGGCCCAGCUCCCUCCUUGCACACACCUGGGGGGCCCACUUACAGGCUCCAGUUGUACUCUUCACGUGGAGAUUUUAUAGUCCUACUGAGCUCCCCGUCUACGUGUAACCCAGCUUUCCCCCACCACACCUUCCUGUAUUUAUAUCACUUUCUACUUCCGAUGAUCUUAUUUAUAACAAAAUUUUUUAGACUGGCUGCUUCAUUUUAUUAACUGUUUCAAUACGAAGCGCAGGACGGCCGCACUGAGACACGCAGCACUGUGAACACUGCUCUGCUCAUUGGCCCCGGGCCACGGUAGGCAGAUCUCGCAUCAGGCACCUCAGACCUCGUGCUCACGGUGCUUUGGGUCGACUGAGGGACAGUGCUGAGCCGAGGCCGCUGCCCACACAGUGCAGCUCCCCGUCCUGCAGCCUGACUGCACACCGCAUAACCACUUCUCUUUGAUAGUUCUUCAAUUACAGAAUGUAUCUGAUGACUUUUAUUACCGAAAACUGACUUCCCUUUCUGUGGACUCAGCUGAGCUCCCUCUGAAUGUACAUCUGGAGCUAACUGGGUUUAAAACCAAUGUGAAUUGUCCCAGCUUUUUUGCUAGUCGAAUGUUCGAUCGAACAGUUGCCAUCCGAGUAGGAAGCCAAGCCACAAUCCAUCCUGUGAAGUCACCAAACCAUGUCACAAAAUAAUUUCUGCAAAUUUGGAUAUGGCCUUUGCAAAAUUCCUCUUUCCUCAAAGUCCACCACUGAGGCGAGGCGCAAUCUGUGCGUUUUCCAAUGCUGAUGAGAUGUUCACAUUUUCUUAUGUGUAGAUAGUGUAAAACAGAGGCGAAUGUAAAUUUUCAACAUAAAAAGUGGAUAUGUAAAAUUGAAAGUUAUUUAUUUAUGUAGAGGAAAAAUGGCUGGAGGGACUGGAGCCUUCAGGGUUUAUUAAUAUUUAAAAAUGUAGCUUUUUGUUUCAGGCAUUAUGUACAAAGCAAUUACUUCAUGGACCAACUUUAAUGUAACUGUCAAUGAAUGCAGAAGUGCAAUAUUAUACUCACCUCUCCAUCACUUCACGUUCCCAGCAGCUACUGACCAAUUAGACUGACAAUCAUAGCGCUCCGUCCUCACCCUUUGUUCAGCUUCUUGAAAUUCCCCGGGUCCUUUCCUUGCCCCCCAUCUGUUGCCAUUGUGCAAAUCCAACAUGGAGGAGCAAUUGUAGAGCAGGACUUUUAUUGCUGCAAUAAUACCAGAUGACGUGGGUGUAGUUACCAGGAAAUAUGCCAAUGAGUUUUCUUCACCAGUUCAGUCCAUCACAGUCUACAUCAAUCUAUCUUCAGCCACCCCCAUCUGGCACUCAUCUCUUCAAAGCAAAGAUCAACGUGCUACUCAUUCAAAGAACAAUAGCAAUAGUUUAACUCUGUUUAUAACCUGUUUGUUCUGAGCUGUUUGGGAGAGCGAUGCGUGUGACUCAAUGCCUUUCCAUGUGUCUGGAAGGGGAUCCAUUUGGAUGCAGGGAGGGAAACACAAAUGUAUAUUCCAUCCUUACUAAAGGGGCACUGUCAGGUUAAAGACCUAAUUUACCUUUGUUACAAAUAACUCAUUUGCUUUGAAACAAAAGACUAUGAAGAGUUGCUUGGCCUCCUCCCUCUGGCUGUUUGGGCAGCCCUCAGCCCAUGUUGUUCCUGCACUCGCACAACACAGCACACCCUGCACAGGCUGCCUUAGGCUUCUCUUUUUUUUCUUUUCCUCUCUUUUUUCAAUUGCUUCCAUCAGAAUCAAACUGCUGUGGAGCUCAGAUUUUUCUAACAAGCAGCUUUUUGUAUUCCCGAACAAUUGGGCCAGACUUUGUACCUGACGCUGUCCCUUGAAAAUCUUACUUUUUAAUUAAUAAAAAAAGCCCACGCAUUCAUUCCGAGUCAUUUUCCUGGGUUGCUCACUCCGUCAGACGAGGUGAAAUUCUCAUACCAAAAACGUUUACAGUGUCCGAUCCGCGAGCCGAGCGCAGGAACCAGCCAAAGGCUCACCGCCGCCGCCGCUCCGCCAGCAGCCGCCGUGCUUGCUGUAGCAGCCCCUUCUUCAGGUAUUGCCACUUUGCUGCAUUUCCUAUUAGUUCUAGAAGCCUUACGGUCCCUUCCUCGUCCUCAGCACCCUCUCUGCCUGUUGAUACCCUCGACUGUCGGUUUUAUAUUCAACGAUGUUAAUUAUAUUUUAUUUAUAAAAAAUUGCUCUGGGGGAGUGACAGGUGGGUGCGUGGGGAACCACCAGAGGGCACAGCGCCGUGUCUACAGCGCCGUGCAGACGACUUGCUUGUGUGUGACAAACCUUCUGUACAACUUCCUUCUCCUCCUUGCUGUUAGUGCAUCAUCCCAAUGCCUGGGUGUGCUUUGUGUACAGUAUCAUUGUGAGUUACACAGAUUAAAGAAAUGGGAAGGCU